ACCGAAGUCCGUUCGGAUGCGAUCUAACAAGACGCGCGUCGUCGUUGUCUCUCGACUGCAUGGGAGAAUCUUCAAAUCGGUGAUUUCCAGCUGAUCUCCAGCCGAAGGUUGACGUAGAAUCUUGCAAGAAGCUGAAACUUCUAUAUCGGUAUUCUUAAAUCACCGGUGAACUAUGAGGACAAGGGUCUUGCAAUUCCUGUUAAUAAUUAGCUUAGUAGCAAGGCUUAUUAAAGGAAGGCCACAUGUAAAUGAGCAACCACUCAAAUUCAAUUUAGAUACAGACAAGGAAGUGGAAGGAUAUGCUGAUAAUACGGAGAAGCCUGCAAUGAAGGUUACGGCCAUCUCGAGGUUACAGGAUGGGAUGGAAUGGCUAGACAGAAUGUCAGAUGCCUUAAGGUUCGCUCGAGGGCGAUUAGUCAAUUCGGUCGCGAUAGCCCAAAAUGUCUUGGCUGAGCGACUUGAGGAAUUUAUGAGUGAAGCGCGAAACAACGUCGCCGGUGCCAUAGGUGCAGCUAAUGAUAUUUACGCCAAGAGUCGUAGUACUCUUCAAUCUUACGAGAAUGGUCCAUUAGGGCAAUUAUUUCCUUCCAAAACGCGUGAAACCGUUAGAUUAGAAAAUGAAAAAGAUCAAGCUAUCUUGGAAAAUAAGAAGCUCAAUCCUAUCAGCUCGCUUCUGGAGAACGUAUUCAAGCCACAACCUAUUGUCGACAAAAUCACAGAGGAAGAAAAAUACGGUAACAAUGGUGACAAGUUCAUCGGAUUAGGUCGGGCACUUGUCAAUGGCUUCGAAGGGUUAAGUAACUUCAUCAAUGGCAUCGUCGAUUUUCCAGUGAAAGCUGCUAAAAACACGUCCCGAAGCAUCACUGAAGCGCUGAAUCAAAUUGGAUCGAAAUUAGUUGGUCUACAAUGAUAACUUAGUAUUCUAAUGUUAACA